AUCAACGGCAUCAACUGCAAAUUUGCAAUGCUUUCUCAAAGUCCCAUGAGAUGAGGUAGAAGGAGGAAUAAUACGUUUUGCUUGAAGCUCCUGAGCAUUCGCUCACACGCAGACCUUUUUCUUCUUUCCUUCUUGCUAAGGGAAUACGAAAUAUUCCUCAGGAAAUCUUAUCGGUUGAAGAACGAAAAUGGCUCACGGUGGCUACAGCAAACGCCGGGUCAAGCCAGCCAAUCGUCGAUCUAAGGGCCUGGGCAUGGCGAAGAAACCCAAGGCUGUUUCUCUCAAGAACCAGAUUCGAUCCGUUGAGCGCAUGCUUCGGAAGAAUUUGCCACCUGAGGUGAGACAGGCGCAAGAAGCGAAGUUAGAAGGGCUUAAAAAGCAGCAGGAGAUUCACACGCGUCUUGCUGCUGAACGCAAAAUGUUCUUGCGUGGCAGAAAGAUAAAAUUCUUUGAGAGAAGGAAAAUAGAAAGGAGAAUCAGACGUCUAGAGAAACUGCAGCGUGCUUCAUCUGCUCAGGCAGAAAGUGCAGAGACAGCUGAGCAGCUUUCCAAGCUCAAAGAAGAUCUGCAAUAUGUUAUGUACUUUCCCAAGACAGAAAAAUAUGUUCCUUUGUUUAGUGGUGGUGAUGAUUCAGAAAUAGUUGAUAAUAGAAAUAGGUUAAGGAAACAGAUUGAAGCCAGAUUGGUUGCGGCAGCAGAAAGUGGGAAGGACUUGGAAGAAACGGGGAGUGAGGAUGAUGGCCUCUUGGAUCUGAGUGAAGAUGAUUUUUUUCUUGGUGGAAGUUCUAGUGAUGAAGCAGAAGCUGAUGAUGAAUGGACGGAUAAAAGCACCAGAGAGCAGGCUUCUAGUGCUUCUGGCAAAGCAGUGUCUGGCAUGUCUAGCGAUGAAAAGAACCAGAGGCAGAUUUCUGCUAGAGCUUUGAUGCCCCCUCCUCGCACCAAAAACAAAGUGUCAAUUUCACUCUCUGCUCAAACAAGGUUUGGGUCAUCUUCUGGCCAAAAUUCAUUGAUACAGAGGCAUGAGAUUUCCACUUCAAGUAACACCUCAAAUAGCAGAAGUAGCUCAGACUUUAAAGCAAGGGGAUCCUCAAAAUCAGGGACAGGUCAUGGUAGUAAUCUAAGCUCCAACUCUGAUGCUCACAAACCUCGGAGGAAAAGAAGACAUAGGAAAAAGAAGAAGCAGGCAUGAUGAUGUAAACGGGCAUUCCAUGAUCCAUUUUAGCUUCCUGCUCUUCCUAGAGAUACUUAAGACAUACAUGAUGUCGUCCAGGGUGGUUUAUAUUUUGCAAUCUAAGAGCUGAGAUGCUGUUUUACUUACUGGUUAUCAUGAUGAUCAUAUAUAUGUAGUGCUUUGUUAGGGUUAGAUUGAGAAUUCUUCACCGUAGAUUCACUUACGGCUGCUUUAAUUAUGGUAGUUUUUUCCUGUCCUCUGUAAAUCAAAUUCAAUGCUGAUUAGUUUAUCCCUGGAGGCACUCAAUAGUUUUCUACUACCAGAACCUGAUAGCAGGUUGGAUACAACUGCGGUUACACAAUUAUAACUUACCACUGUUAUUCUUGUCUCAUCAGCUUCAUAGUACCACUAUUUUGUUGUCUCA